CAUGUUGCCGACCUUCCUUGGAAUCAAGAUUGCAUAACUCUCUAACUAUGUAACCACAGAAAGAUGAUGCAAGUUGCUGCAACAACUGGCUUAUUACAAAUGUUGUUCUCUUCCUGACAGUACCGAACAGCAUGCACGGUGAUGACAAGCAAAGGCAAGUCAAUUUUUGAUUCUGCAUUACUUCUAUACUGAAUUGUUCUAGGCCACUGCAUGUCUACAUGCAUAGGCCACCCUUAUAAUAUGGUAAAUAUAGGCCAUAUGAUGUGAAUUUUGCUGCAUACAUUCUUAAAAAGGCAUAGCUGUUACUCUCUCUUCAUUUCAUAGUGAAAAUGUGCAUGUCAGAUGUGUUUGUGAAUGUGUCAAUAAUUAUUUCAUGUUAUAACUUGAAUGAAUAUUACAGAGGGGUUCUUCUUCAAGGUUAAUUUCUAAAGGAGAAUAUGAGCAGCAGCUGCACUUUCUGCCUCUUUUCCUAUUUGGUCUGCUUAUGUCAUUAUACACUUACCUUACAAUGGCAAGGGAAGCAAUCGAAAAUUUACACUUACACAGAACUUACUGUGACUGGUAAAGACGUGAAAGCAUGUAAGGACCAAAAAGGCAUUUGCGUUUUGGAUACUGACGACUGUGGUUCUGUUUCAGAACAGGGGAGCGACACGUUUUUGAACACAUCGUGUCGUUUUCUUAAGAACAAGGAGUCCUUUGGGUGCAAAUGGACUUAUUUAAAUGAUGUCAAAACCAAGAUGAUACACUCAUUUAUUUUCACUCGAGACAAAGGCUUCACCUACUGCCCUGAAAUUUUAAACGAACUUUCUGCUUUUAACUUAAUCAUAAAGUCAAAGGAUCCCCAUAACAAAAUUGAAAGAUUUUCAGAAGUCUACUCCAUAACUAUAGAAGACAUAGUCCAGUUUCCACGUCCUGAUGGCAUAUUAGUGGAUGCUACAGAGACGUCACUGAAUGUAACAUGGAUCAAAGGAUGGAAAAGCAAAAAAUGUCUUGUACGGUACAAACAGUCAACCAUGAAUGAAUGGACGGAGGAAGAAGAUUCUGAAAUGUUUCAUGUUAUUGAGGGCCUGCAACCUUGUAGCCAGUACAGUCUUACUGUUGCCUGCAUUGGGGAAUAUGGAAUGCUGAGUGAAUGGAGCACACAAUUUCAAGCAAAGACAUUAGAGGGUGUCCCAACUGCACCACCUAAUGUCAGUUACCAUGUUGCAUCACUAGACAACACCUUCAGAACUCAGAAGCUCCUACUAGUAUGGAAAGCUUUAGAGAUAAACGUGGCUCGAGGGGUCAUUCUUGGAUAUGAGGUGGCCUACACAUCAACCAAGCAAGCAGCUCUGAACAAAAUAACUACCAGUAACCUUAAAGCGGAGUUAGAGGUGGCUCCAGGAGACUACAACAUAACAUUGAUGGCCUACAACAGUGCUGGCCAAUCUCCUGUUCGUCAUGUUAGAAUCAACACUGCUUCUCAUGAAAGUUUGCCGGGAGUCAGAGGACUCUGGGCCAGCACUGAAGUAGAUUCACUGAGGAUUCGAUGGGAGACAGAGAAGGCAGCUGUGAAUGUUAGCGAGUUUGCCAUUGAGUGGUUUUCGCCUGGACUUGCCUCUAGUCAGUGGAAAAGAGUUAAUGGUGCCACAUUUUCAACUGUUCUAACAGACAGUAUCAAACAACUGGAGACCUACACUAUCAAUGUGUAUCCCCUUUAUGAAAGUCUCUGUGGACCUUCAGAGUCAAUCCAGGCCAGCUUAGAGAAUGGCACUCUGUUGGACAUUGUCCACCUCGAGUGUGCGAAUGUGACAAAAACAUCUGUGACAGUCCGAUGGGUGUGGCAAAGAAAAGCCAAUGGCACGAAUGUACUUCAGUACAGACUCGCAUUAAGUGCACUAGAUGAAAGUGAAACAAAAUCAUUUACAGUUUUUCCACAUCAGUGUCAACACUCAUUCUACAAACUACGGACAAAUGCCAAGUACUCUGUGUCUAUUUACGGGGACACCAAGUCGGGUAACUUUGAAAAGGCAAAUAUUGAAUUUACUACACCUCUUUAUGAAAACGAUGAAAUCAUAAAAGUUGCAGUUCCAAUAGUACUUCUGAUAUUUGGACUUGGUAUUUUCUCCGUUCUCUCAAGAACAAUUUAUAAGGACUACUUCUUCCCCAGCAUUGCCAACCCCAGCCAUAGUCUUAUUGGUCGCUGGCUGCUAAAUCCUUUCCAUGAGAAAGAUGCUGUUAUGAGGGUGCUACAGUUGGAAGAUUUCUCAAUGACCAAUCAACUCAUUGAAAAGGCUCUCAUGCAAAUGGAGCACCAAAAGUUCUCAGAAAAAGAGGUGGCUGAUGAAGACAUGAUGUACCUUCCUGAUAACAGUGCAGUGGAAAAUGAUGGUGCGGAAAAUUCUGAGACUUCCCCAAGUCUUACUGAGUAUGUUGAUUUGCCUUUGUUUCCAGAUAACUUUGGUUAUGUUGAAAAUUGUUACAUACCUGAGAGUACUAGCUAAGAUUGCUGAAUGCCGAGAAUGACAAAAGAGACCGUUCCUUAACUGUGCAUUCUUUAACAGCCUAGACAGCAACCUGAUUAUUACAACAGGUGUUGACAACUGCAUCUUUAAGAAAUUAUCUACACUGCUUAAUAUAUCUUUAACUGUGCUUCCCAUUGUCUAACAUAUGUAACAAUAUCAUUUAGACAUCAGAGGAACAUGGACUUUUCGCCAGGACGAUUAAUGCCAAUUUAAGAAGCUCUUACUUUAUGUAAACUUAUAGUCUGUAAUUUAAUUAAUGUAUUUUAAUACUUAACAGUAUAAUACUUUAUGUGAAGUUCCAUGUUAAUAAUACACAAAUUCUCUGCCACAUAUCAAAAGGGAGACUGUGACAUUGUGGUACAUUUUAUUAAGAGAAAUGACUAGUUUUUGUGAAGCUGUGAUGGUGCAAGAACAACCUUUUUCCAUUUGCAAUAAGCUUACUAAACUCUUCUGAGUAGUGUACAUUAUUGUCUGUAAGAUUUCCAGCUUUUAUAAGAAUAUAUUGAUGAAAUCAUGGUGUAAUUCUCAUAUAUUAUAUGUUGUAUAGUGUGUAUUGUAUUGCAUAAUGUUUACUGUAUGUACAUGUUACAUUGUAUGUUUAUGUGCAUUGUGCUACUAUAGUGUUGUCAAUGCAACAGAAACAACUACCACAGUCACACCAUGUGGCAAUAAAAGAAUUCAAGUUUUUCACAAUAAAAUCCCAUUUUAUAAA